AUGUCUCUGCUGGCUGCUGUGCUGCUGCUGCUGCUCUGGGAUAGUAACGCUGAAGCUUUCCUAUGGAUAGAUCCUCAGUCCCUGCUGGAACCCUGGGCAAACGUGACACUGACCUGUCAGUCUGCUUUCCCUACCAAGGACUUCCAGCUGAUCAUGAAUGGAUGGCGCCAGCAUAAAGUCCACCAUGAUAAGCAUGUCAUGUCACACCAGUUCCCACUGGGAGCAGUCACAAGUGACAACAAGGGUGUCUACCGCUGCCGCUGUGGCGUGGAGCCCCCAACUCUUAUACUGACAGACCUGAACAGGUGGACAAUGCUAAGCAAUCUUGUAGAGGUGACAGGAACAGAGCCCUUGCCUGCACCCUCGCUUUUGACUGACCCGGUGUCCUGGAUCAUACCUCACGUGGGCACAUACCUACUGUGCCACACUGCAAUGCGGGGUGUAACUUUCCUACUGAGGAAGGAAGAAGAUGAUAAUUUCCUGAUGGUGAGGAAAGCCCAAGACAAUGUAGUAGCCAGGUUUAUAGUCCGACAUCCUGGUAACUACCGCUGCAGCUACCAGACUCACACAGAAGGCACCCCCUCUGAGCCCAGUGCUGCUGUGACCAUCACGGAGUAUGCUAAACCACCUGCGCCCAUGAUGGCUUUCUUGGAAACUUACCAAAUGGUCCAGCACCCCAGCUCAAAUGCGGUCCUUGCCUGCAAGGCUCCUCGGAAUGUAUUUGAAUUCCAACUCAGGCAAGGGGAGAAGGUUCUAAACAUUCAUGGGGUCAGACCUCUCCGAGAACUCAGCCUGUACUACUUGAACUUUACACUGAUGGAUGACCAAAGCCCUUUAACCUGCCGCUACCGUCUACACAGAAUGUUGGAUACUUGGUCCGAAGACAGUGAACCCAAAGAGCUAAUAUGGAGUGAUGAGACACAACCUGCACCAGUGCUCACUGCAGAGCCUUCGAGUCAUGACCUUGAACCUGGCUCAACCGUGCAUCUUCGAUGUACUGCACCCAAGGCUGGCCUCCGUUUUGGCCUACUACGCCAAGGUGACACAGCUUACCCCGUGAUCCAGAUGUUGAAUCCAUCUGGGACCGAAGCUGUCUUUGAGCUGCACAAUAUCUCAACCAUAGACUCUGGCAACUACAGUUGUGUCUACAUGGAACAGGAACCGCCCUUCUCAGGAUCUGUUCCCAGUGAGCUCUUGGAGCUGCACGUGAAUGGGCCACCACCCAAGCCAAAGCUCGAAGCUCUGUGGACAGGCAUUGUUCAGCUGGGCCGUGAAGCCAAAUUUCGCUGCCACGGCCAAGCGCGCAUGGUCCACAUGGAGCUGCUGCGCGAGGGCUUUCACACACCCUUGUGGAUGAAUCAAGCAAUGAGAAGCACCACAGCUGACUUGAAGCUGCCCUUCGUGGGUCCCCAACAUUCAGGCAACUACAGCUGCCGCUAUACCGCCAUGUCACCCUUGAGCUUUGAGUCUGCGAUCAGCAACCCUGUGGAGGUUAUAGUAGAAGGGCUGCGCUCCCGCCCGGGAGCCCAGAGCCGGAUCUACAAUCCCGUCCCUCCCGCUCCGGCGCUUGUUGCUCGCCCGGCCCGAGCAGGAGCUGCGGAUCCCGGGAAGCCCAACUACCUCCUUCUGCUUUCCUCUUCGUGUUCCACCUUCCGGGAGAUCUGCGGCUUCUACGUCUCCGCGAGUGAGUCGGCGCAGGUAAUCCGAACCCCAGGGCAGGAGCGCGGGGGAGGAGCCGGCAAGCUGCAGCAAGGACUUGACGCAGGUGGCUUUAGCCCCUGCCCCGGGACCAGUGCCAAUGACUCUGCUGGUGGUUUCGCUUUCUCCUCUCGCAGUCCUGUGAACCGGCCGUCCACAGCGUGA